UUUUUUUUCAUUUUCUCACUCUUUUUUUUUCAUUUUCUUUUUAUUUUAUUUUAUUUAUCUUUCAUACUCUAAUGUACCAUGAUUGAAGUAGAACAAAACUGGCCAACAACAACCAAUGAACAACAAAAUUAUCCUUUGGAUUUGAUAGCGUCUUUACGUCAACAUUCUUUAUUUCAACGCACUAACAAUGAAGAGUUUUUAUCCAAACUAGCCAGCAGUAUGCAUGUACGUAUUUAUAGUCCACGCGAUAUCAUCAUUGCCAAAGGUGAAGUGUCCAAAGCCAUGUUCUUUCUGUUACGUGGUCAAGUAGAAGUGUGUUCAGCCGACUUUGAACGGAUCUAUGCAACGUUACCUCAAGGUUCUUGUUUCGGUGAAAUAGGUAUUUUAUAUUCUAUGCCUCGUACUGCUACUGUAGUUGCCAGCACCAAAUGUACUGUAGCCGCCUUGACUGCCGAUCAAGUCCAUACUUUAUUACCUCAGUUCCCUGAUGUGGAAAAAAUCAUACGUUUUGAAGCUGAAGAACGACUUUGUAUCAUGUCAAAAUCAGAUCAACAACAAAAAUCAGAAACAUCAUCUCCUUCUUCUUCUUCCUCUUCUUCUUCUACUACUUCUACUACAGGAUGGUUAGGUGAUACUGAAAAGGUGAAUACUGUAGAACCUUCUGGGAUAGCUGGAACUGGUGGAAAUACCACUAGACAACGAAGAUCAAGUGUACAAUACAAUGUUGAAUCUUUUAGUAAAACCGGUAUUCGAAGUCAUCUUGAAAAGAUCCCUUUCUUUUUUGGUUGUUCUAUUGACUUUUUACAUCUUAUUUGUCUCUCUAUUCAACCAAGAAAUCAUGGUCCAAAUACAAUUAUUUUCAAUCAAGGUGAACAAGGCGAUGAAAUGUAUUUUAUUGUGGAUGGAUACUUGGAUGUUGAAUUGGAUGAAAAACAACUCAAUCGAUUAGGCCCUGGUGAUUAUUUUGGUGACACUUCAGUUUUACUCAACAUACCAAGAGCAACUACAGUGAAAACUGUAACAGAUGUCGAACUCUAUGUUCUCAAUCGAAUGAAUCUACAACGAGUAUGUGACAUGUUUCCUGAUACUGGUAGUCAUUUGAAAACAACAACUGAAAGCAGAUUACAUGAUCUCUAUCAAGAUAAUCUCAGUGAAUUACCAGGUGCACGAUCUCCUCAUGAAAUGGAAACCAUUCAACCACAAUCUAUUUGUCGAACUACCUGUGAUCAAGAUCCUACAUUACCUAUCACACCAGCAACAGAACUUCGGAACAAAGAAACCAAGAAACGGCGUGCAAGCGUUGCAGUUUGGAGUGAUCCUAUGUUAGUAGAUUUGGCAAAGAGAACAACCAGCAAACCUCUAGAUGAUGACGAAAUGGAAUUACCGAAUGAAAUAGAAUUACCUCCUGUAUGGGCUGUUCCACAUACACCACCUGAAGAGAUGGAUAUGGAUACUUUGAAAAAAAUGCCAGGUGACCGAUUUACCAGUUUGAACCCAUCGAUCCUAGUCCAUAUCAUGUCGUUUCUUGAUUUUGGUACAUUGAUCCAAGUCAUCCGUGUCAAUCAAGCGAUGCGAUCCAUGUUCAAGAAUGACCAACUAGUACAGUCUAUCGAUCUCAGCCUAGCGCAUAAGAAAGUCACCGAUGACACUUUUGCGUAUUUGAUGCCUAUGGUUCGUCGACGUCUCCGAUCACUCUGUUUAGCCCAAUGUUUCCAUCUGACGGAUGUUGGCUUUCGAUCCUUAUGGAUGGAAAAAGAAGAUUCACCCUUGUUUUCACCAGCACCUUUGCAAUAUUUACAUACUUUGGAUUUGAAUUCCUGUUGGCUCUUGACGGAUAAAAGUUUACAAUUAUUGGGAGAAAAGUGUCCUCAACUGACAAGAUUAGAUCUAUCCAAUUGUCGAAAGAUCACCAAUGGCGGCAUGUAUUUAUUUUUGGAGGCCAAACGGGUCAAUCACAGCAAAGGAUUGGAAUGGCUUUCGUUAUCGUACUGCAAGAACCUGAACGAUGUGACCAUGCAACAUUUGGCGGAAUAUACAAACACGACAUUGACGUACCUGAAUAUACAACGAUGUACCAAGAUCACCGACCAAGGCUUUGUGGCAUGGACAAGCAAUCCUGUCUUCAUCAAGUUGCAGCACUUGUUACUGAUGGAUUGUAGCUUUUUGACCGAUCGAACCAUCCAAUUGAUCUGCCAGGCCGCUCCCUUGUUGACAAGACUGUCGCUUAGUUUCUGUUGUUCUCUGAGUGAUAGUGCCAUGAUCCCUCUCUCCCACAUGACAAACUUGGCCGAUCUGGAUAUGAGCUUUUGUGGUGCUGCUGUGUCCGAUCAUUCUUUGAAAUUAUUAUUAUCCAUGACUCCUUCUUUGAAAUGCCUGAAUUUACGUGGCUGUGUGCGUGUCACGGGCGAUGGACUCUUGGCUUUACUGGAUCAUCGUCAACUGCAUGAACUCAACAUCUCUCAAUGUCCUUGUGUCUCCAUACAAUCUGGCAAAAAACUCGCGGCACUUGUACAUCAUCUUUCCAUCUAAAUACAUUUUUUAUUUAUUUAUCAUUUUUUAUCAUUCUUUUUUUUUUAUAUAUCUAUUUACAUCUAUGC